AUGGUGACUGCCCGCAAUAGAAUCCAAAGACACGUUCGCUUACCAGUGCUUUGGUUUCUGAUUAUCUUGUUAGUGACACUAUUAUCUCAAUACCACUUGUAUUUGCCUUCUUAUCGGAAAGCCAGCACAGAAGACACGUUGGCAUUAUUGUCACUCCACCAAGAAACGCUUGAGGAUGAGAGGAUUUCAUCAACCUCUGUCUCCUCUAUUAAAAAAACACCAAAGAAUGAGGAUCAGAAGCGUUUGUCUGAUUCUCUCCUCCCAGACAGUCUCAAAAAAGAUGCCUCCUUCACACAUUCAGGCAAGAACGAGAAGAAACGCAAUCAAUCGAUCGAUCAUCUCUUGAGUAAUCCGCGUUUUAGUAAGGUGAUAGAGGAGAAUAGAAGAAGAGAGAUAGAGGUCCACGUCAAGCCGACACCCGCACCAACUCCCAUGCCGUACACUCCCAAGGAAGGGGUUGUACCGAUUGGAGUCCUGUCGGAAAAACCCAAAUCCUUCUUCAAGGACAUUCGGUUUCGAAUCGACAAUGUCCACCCCUAUGAUCGUUGUAGACCAUACAAGUUUCUCCAAAAGGGAACCAACGAUGUGGAAAUUCGACCAGCGAAUCGAAAGAUUUUCUUUGGUUGUUUGAUCGCUGAUGAACCAGAGGAAACACUGGAAAUCAUAGCUGCAGAGACUUAUGGACUAUUUGAAGCAAUGGUCUUUGUGGAGAGCAAUCGAACACAACACUUUGUCAAGCGCCCUCUGCAACGACAGGGUCAAGAAGAGAAACUAAAAAAGCUCUUUGGAGUCGACAAAGUUCAAAUACGAACAUUUUUCAAUGAGAAUCCAAUGGUACUGGACUUGCAACGUGAACAUGAACAACGGGAUGAGAUACUAAAGGGAUGGAAGGAGCUGGGCAUGACGAAGGAGGAUGUUGGCUACUUGGCUGACCUAGAUGAGACGUUUACCAGAGACUUUCUGCUUGCCAUUCAACAAUGCCCUGAUGUGGAGUUCCUGGACUACAAAACUCAUCUCUGCCAUCCAAACAAGGCACGGAUCAUUGGUGCAGCGCGAGUGUUUGAAGCCCUACCGGAUUGUAUUGCAGGCAAGCGAACGUGGCAUCAUCCAGAUAUGAUUAUUGGAGCUUGUAUAGAACUGAUUGGUGACUCUACCAUUCACCCAGUAGUACCACGAACCAUCCCAUACAUCCGGGACGAAGGCUAUGGCUUGACCUGCGGCAAGGAUGGAUUUGAGAAGAUCACCGAUGGUCAUUACCCACUCUUCAGCGCUGCUGACUUUCGCAGAAUGUGUGGAGGUGAAAUGAUCAGAAACAAAGCAAGAGAUCACACGGAAUACACUGCCUAUCACUUCCACAACUUCUUUCAUGACUUUGGCCAAACCAGGUUCAAGUACAAGACGUAUGGGCACCCCCACUACACGGCAUACACAUCCAAGCUCGAAGACCUAAAUGAAGAUUUGGAGCUUGUGUACAGAUGCUUGUACAAUAUGUCGAAUGCCGACAAUACCACCACCAAAGCAAAAAUCAUAGAGCGCCGUCAUACGCGGGAAGAAGGAGGUCUGGAGAGCACACUGCCAAAUUGGCCUGUCUACUUUCAUGACAAAGAUUACAGACGACGGAAAUACAAGUCCCUCCUCGAAGGGUACGAAGCCGAUGAAAAGGCAAGACAAGCCUACGUUAAAGGCAGGGAAGAAGCAGAGCUUGCAAGGAGAGCCAUUCUACUCAAGGACUCCAAGAUUCUGAGUUUCUAA